UGUAGUAGAGCGUAUUAUAUUUAGACUCGGCGAUAAUAAAAGAUCGGGUACCGAACCGAAGUAACGAUACCAAAAUCGUUAAAGAUUACGCGGUGUUUACGAUGCGGACCGACAAAAGAACGGUGAAAUAUCGGUGUACGUUGUGAAAGGGACGUCCAAUACAUGCCUCUUCUCUUCCCUUCGUCACGAUUCGUCGACCAGUGAAAACACGCGCGGCGGGCAACGAUGGAUCUCAGCACAACGCCGAGAAGAAUAACGGAGGGUGUGGCGGACCUUCAGAAGACCCGCGUCGCGAAAAGCGUCUUCAGUAUCCGGAGUUUGGUCGAUGUCGGGGACACGGAUCUUUCCGAGGUCGAAGACAACGAGAAGAUACAAAAUCAUUCGAUACGAGGAGGAGGAGGAGGAGGAGGAGGCGGGGGCGAGCAAGCUGUCCCGCAGACAAGUCCUGCGAGCAGCACGAGCAGCUCGAGCCAGGUGAAUCAGGUGAGCCUACAACAGGUGAGCCAGCAAGCUCACCAACAAGCUGCGCCACCUACUACGACAACGCCUCAAUCGACUCAAAUGGGAAUCUCUACGGAAGAGGUGAGAGCCGAGGAAGAGAGCAACCACCCUAGAGCAGCGCCGACCAGCCCUGAAAGCGAGACCGAGGUCGACGACUUUGCACCGAAAAGGAAACAGCGCAGAUAUAGGACUACCUUCACCAGCUUCCAAUUGGAGGAACUCGAGAAAGCUUUCUCGAGAACUCAUUAUCCCGACGUGUUCACCAGGCUUCCUCCUCCGACCAACCCAACCCAUUCCUUUCCACCGAUUCUCGAGCGAAGCGUUCCGAGAGAAACGGAUGUUGGACGUUCCUCCAGAGAAAAAGAG